AUGACAUUGGUUGAGGACGAGAAUCAGAAGUCAGAGCACUACGUACUACCACAUCAGGCGGUUGUACGCCCAGAUAGCGUAACGACGAAACUGCGGGUGGUAUUUGACGCCUCCGCAAAGACGACAGCGAAUACGUCGUUGAACGACAAGCUUAUCGCAGGACCGAAUCUGCAAGGGAAUUUGAUCAGCAUAAUACUUCGGUUCAGAACAUACGAGCACGUUGUGACAGCGGACAUAGCGUCCAUGUUCAGACAAAUUCUGGUUGCCGAAGAAGACCGAUCGUUACAGCAAAUACUUUGGCGAAGUAAUCCCGAGGAACCCGUGAGGAGAUAUCAGUUGAAUACCGUAACAUACGGUACAAGCUGUGCGCCCUAUCUGGCAAUAAGGUGUCUAAGACAACUAGCUGAAGACGACGGAGGUGAUCUACCACAAGCAGCGCACGCGAUCAUCGAAGAUUGCUACAUGGAUGAUGUCCUCAGUGGAGCAAGAACAGUGGAAGAGGCGAUAGAGUUACAAAAACAGCUUUCUCAAUUGCUGAAGCGAGGUCAAUUCCAUCUACGUAAGUGGCGUGCCAGCAGCUCAAGUAUUCUGGAACAUCUUGCAGAGCAAUGCAAGACCGACGAAUUGUUAAUCCUAGAUAAAGAGGGAGCUCUAAAGACAUUAGGUCUUUUGUGGAACGCUAAAGCAGACUGUCUGCAAUACCAGGUGCAUACGGAGGAGAAUCAGAUUGUGACGAAGCGGCUUGUUUUAUCCAAGAUAGCGCAAGUGUUCGACCCGUUGGGCCUCAUCGCGCCGUUACUGGUCAGCGGGAAGAUAAUAAUGCAACGUCUAUGGUUGUACGAUCUCGAUUGGGAUCAGGAGAUUCCAGCGGAACUCGCACCUGCCUGGGAAGACUACAAUUUGGCUUUGAAGAAGGUUAAUUACCUACAGAUACCGCGGAACGUGAUUCCCCGGAAUGCUUCAGAUAAAUUUGACAUCUUCGGAUUCGGCGAUGCGUCGGAGAAGGCUUACGGUGCGUGUUUGUACGCCGUGAGUUCAGAUGGAAAUGGAGUCGUUAGCUCGCGUCUAAUAUGCGCAAAAACCAAAGUGGCGCCACUCAAAACUAUAUCGGUGCCGCGAUUGGAACUCGAAGCAGCGCUACUCCUUGCAAAACUAUAUGCUCUAGCUAGGGAAGCAUAUGGCCAAAGAAUCAACAGC